GUUUUGAUCUGUCUCAUUGCGAGGAUCCCGGGGUGCCUCAGUUUGGGUUCAAAGUCAGCGACCAGGGGCACUUCGCUGGCAGUGCCAUCACGUACGGCUGUGACCAAGGUUAUUCCCUGCACGGAAGUGGCAUACUCAAGUGCAUGACCCGAGAGAGAAGAGCGUGGGACAACCACCUCCCCUCAUGCAUAGCGGAGUGUGGCGGUAGGUUCAAAGGUGAGUCUACAGGCCGCAUCCUGUCUCCUGGAUAUCCCUUUCCUUAUGACAACAACCUGCGCUGUACCUGGACCAUCACUGUCAACUCUGGCAACAUCGUCAGCCUCCAGUUCCUGGCGUUCGACACAGAGGCAUCUCACGACAUCCUGGAGGUUUGGGACGGACCAGCGGAAAAUGAGAUGUCUCUGAGGGAGGUGUCUGGCUCCCUGCUCCCGAGGGGAUACACAGCACCCUCAACGUCGUCACCGUUCAGUUCCAGACUGACUUCUACAUCACCAAGUCUGGCUUCGCCAUCGACUUCUCAAGUUCAGUGGCGACAGCCUGCAGAGAUCCAGGCCUGCCUAUGAACGGCAGUCGUCACGGAGAUGGGAGAGAACCAGAUGAUACGGUGACCUUCUCCUGUGAUCCAGGAUAUGAGCUGCAGGGAGAGAGCAAGAUCACCUGCAUCCAAGUGGACAACAGAUACUACUGGCAGCCCAGCCCUCCCAGCU